AGGAAUGGUCGUCGGUUAUGGAGUUUUUAGUCAAUACUAACGUUGGUCCGGACUGGCCCGGCUGUUGAGGCAAUCCCGUUGACAUUGAUAAAUGCUCUACCUUAUGAGUAUCACUUUUAAAUGCCAUUCAAAGACUUCAUUCAUUAUGUUUUAUGAAGUUUUUGUGCAUAUAACAUUUUAUGAAACAAAUAAAAUUGCGCUCAAUAUGAUUUCAUUUUCAUUCUAUACCUUAUUUAUCUAUAUAUUUCCUCAUUAUCAUAACCCAUUAAAUAACACAAGUUCGACAAGAAACAUCAAAGGGCGGCGCGAUUCAUCUUCCUGCUAAUACAUAAAAAUAAACCGCCUGCGUGGGAAGACCCCAACAAACCGUCUGUGAGUAUUUCCGCAUCAUUUAGCACAGGGUGAAGGACGUGAUAUGUGGGAGCACAAACUGCGUUGGUCAUGGCGCUGUUUUAACAACCUCCUCGCCGCAUUCUAACCCAGCUUAUCAGUAUAACAUGGGCGGGGGUCGAAGUCCCAGGUGCUCAGAUUCUAGGUGCAUAACUCAUAACCCAGAAGCACAGAUAUGUUGCUGAUAGACCAUAAAUCACCGGAAUAUACCCAGCAGAGAAAAAGCAUAAGGUAUCAACCCCAACUCCUUCGAUCGGAUUGAUAAGGGCAGACCAUAUACAGCUAAACCACGUGAUUAAUGGACAGGUAUUGUGCAGUCAGGUUAUCACUGGAAAACCUGUUGUUUGUAUGAAUACAGGACACCAAGUCGCAUUCAGGACCAAGAGAGGCAACACUUGUUCCCGGUACAACGUGUGAAACUAGGUCACGACUACAUGUACAGGAAGGGCAUCGUCCUACCGUCAGCGUUAACAUUGAGAUAACAGUUCAAGGCACAAGAAUGAAUCUCAGGUCUCGACGUCAGUGUCAACUCGUUGCAUUUUGCAGUUGCCCGUUGGUUCUGAUAGCACUCGCCUACUCAUUUCUAGGAAUCAAGGGAACAGUACAUUAUAGUACAUUUCAAAUCUUGAGCGGAAAAGGCCAAGUUUCCUAUGGGAAUAAUGACAGUGCUUCAGGAAUACAAACCCCUCCUGAGGAAUAUUUUGUCAGGCCUCGGUGGGAAAAGAAAUAUUUCAUCUAUGACUGUGCCAACGGUAACUGUGGUGGUCUAGGGGACAGACAGGAAGGAAUUGUCGGUGCUUUCAUUAUUUCACAAAUGUUAAGCCGGAAGUUCAAAGUGAAGAUGUUAGUACCAUGUGAUAUCGGUAAUUUCCUCCAAGCAAACAAAGUUGACUGGAUUCUACAAAGUUCUGAAAUUAGUGACCUGAAAAGUAGCGCAUACAAGCGAAUUGACGCUGAUGCAUUUAAGCUACGAGAUAAAAUUGCAAAAUCUCUUGAUUUAGAGAAGGAAUUUCCUUCCGAUGUCACACAUUUUACUGUUAAUCAAGAAAUGGUUAACUAUCUAAAGUUACAUCCACUAUUUAAGUCUCUUCGGUGGGCACAUAAUCAGACAACAACUGACAUAUACAAUAUUGUUUUACGGCGGUUGUUUAGAAUGAAACCUGAAGUCCAGAAAAGGUUUGAUCUUUAUCAAUCUUCAGCCCGUAGCAACGGGAGGAAACUCGUGUGUGCUCAUGUGCGUGUGAGGGGGAAUCCUACAAUUCCAAAUGAUUGGUACACCCCCACACCUUUGAACGUAAGUGUUGUUUGGAACUUCCUCCGCCAGUAUAAUAACAGCGCCCUCUAUCGGAUGUUCGUAGCCACAGACUCACAGAACGUGCGACAGGACGCCAAGAGGCUGUUUCCAGAUGUCAUUCAAGAUUUGGAGGGGAAUAUAGUUCAUGUUGAUCGUGACAAUCAUGCAAAAGAUUACGCAUGCGCGGGGUUUGGUAAAGUGAUUCUUGAUCAACAAACGAUGUCAUCAUGUGACGUAUUCUUUAUGACAGACAGCGGACUUGGACGAAUCGCAUCCAUGAUGCGAGGAACAGAUAAAGACCUGUACUGUAUGGCUAGCAAGUCCACCUACAGAAAGUGCUCUUUUAGUGAUAAAGCUUUCUUUCCACAGUUCUGGUAGGUGCCAUAGUUGCAAGUGUGUGCAUACGCCUGGUGUCUGUUGUAGGAUAGGCCCCAAAUCACACACGGCUGUACGACGAUUAUAAUAUUGUAAUCAUCAAAUGUUCCCAGGGAACACACGUCUUUAUUCACAUUACUGUAAAAAUAUGUCCUAACGGUCUAACAUCUUCUUCAUUCUACCUUGCAACGCAUCCCCUUCGUCCGCCAUAUUCGUUCUACAUUCCUUAAGAGUUAUCCCCCUUCACUGCCCGUACAUCAAGCUCCUCACAGCGAUAGUCCGUUCGCGGAGCUCUCUAUACUUUCGCUGCCACCAGUCAAAAUUCUCCACUGUGAUAGGUGGCCCCAACCAUU